GCAAAGGCCUUACGUUCUUCCGCACGGCGACCCACUUCUCUUCAGACCGUCGGCGGACAGGAGAAAGGAAAACGCUGCAGAAUGCUGGCAACAAGAGCCCUGAGCCUUAUUGGCAAACGUGCCAUUUCUACAUCUGUCUGUGUACGUGGAGGACAUGGUGUUGCUAAGGUCGAGGACUACACUCUCCCCCCCUACUUUGACAGGCGUGAGACCCCUCUUCCUGAUGUGGCUUUUGUGCAGCAACUUACAUCAGAACAAAAGUCUCUAAAGGAGAAGGAGAAGGGCUCCUGGGCUGCACUCACUAAUGAGGAAAAGCUUGCCUUGUACCGCAUCAGCUUCAAAGACAGCUUUGCUGAGAUGAACCAGGGAUCAGCAGAGUGGAAGAGUGUGGUUGGGGGCAUCAUGUUCUUCCUGGGUUUCACUGGCCUAGUUGUUCUUUGGCAGAGGAAAUAUGUGUAUGGACCAACCCCACACACAUUUGACACAUUGUACAAGGAGCAGGAACUACAGAGGAUGUUGGACAUGAGAAUCAACCCAGUUGAGGGCUUCUCAGCCAAGUGGGACUACGAGAACAAGCAGUGGAAAAAGUAAUUGGCCAACACAACCACUGCCAUUGCUUGGAUCUGUGCAAAUCCAACUCAUACAAGAAUAUCUAUAUUUCUGGUUUUAUCAAUUGUUCCAAUUACUGCAAUCUGAGCGUUGUGGAAGGCCACUUCCUCCUAAGGUCCCUGUGUAUAAUAAAAUAACGCGUUAAACCAAA